AAGAAGGAGAAUCUGAAAUAUCAGAGGAAAAGGAGGAGACAAAGGUAGGAGAUCUGGGAAGCAGAGGAGAAGGCGGAAGUCUGCCUGCGGAGGCGAGGUCUUUGAGCCAUAGAGGGUGGAGCCCUUUUAACUGCUGGCUUCACCUGGCAGCACAAGCUGUAGCUCGUCUCUCACCGAGGAUGGAGCAAGAAGGUGGAGUGCUAAAGGAAGGCUUCCUUGUGAAAAGGGGCCACGUUGUCCACAACUGGAAGGUGAGAUGGUUUGUAUUGAGGCAGAACACGCUGCUGUAUUAUAAGCUUGAGGGGGGCCGGAGAGGGACCUCUCCUAAAGGCCGGAUCCUCCUGGAUGGCUGUACCAUCACGUGCCCUUGCCUGGAGUAUGAGAAUAGACCGCUCCUCAUUAAGCUGAGGACCAGAACAUCCACAGACUACUUCUUGGAGGCUUGUUCCAGAGAAGAGAGGGAUGCCUGGGCCUUUGAAAUAACAGGUGCAAUUCAUGCCGGACAACCAGGAAAAGUCCAGCAGCUUCACAUCAUGAAAAACUCCUUCCAGCUUCCCUCUCACAUCAGCCUUCAUGAUAUAAUUGAUAAGAUGCAUGACAGUAGUUGUGGAAUACGCCCAUCGCCCAACAUGGAACAGGGAAGCACCUAUAAAAAGACCUUCAUAGGCUCUUCUCUGGUGGACUGGCUAAUCUCCAGUCACUUUGCUGCUAGUCGGAUUGAAGCUGUCACUCUUGCCUCCAUGCUGAUGGAGGAGAACUUCCUUCAGCCCAUUGGAAACCGAAGCACUGAGGCCAUUCGCUCUGGGGAUUUAGCAGAGCAGUUUGUAGAUGAUUCCACGGCCCUGUACAUUUUUACUGAAAGCUAUAAGAAGAAGACAAAUUUGAAAGAGGAAUUCAACUUUAGCACCGCUGAACUGAGUGGCACAGUGAUUAAACAAGGAUAUUUAGCCAAGCAGGGACACAAGAGGAAAAACUGGAAGGUGAGGCGCUUUGUUCUGAGGAGUGACCCUGCUUUCCUGCACUAUUACAACCCUUCCAAGGAGGAGAACAAGCCAGUUGGUGGAUUUUCCCUCCGGGGCUCCCUGGUUUCAGCUUUGGAGGAUAAUGGAGUUCCCACUGGUGUUAAAGGCAAUGUACAAGGCAACCUUUUCAAAGUGAUCACAAAGGAUGACAUCCACUACUACAUCCAAGCCAGCAGCAAGGCAGAGAGAGCUGAGUGGAUUGAAGCUAUCAAGCCAUUAACAUGAUUGAGGUCACCAGGCUCACACCUACCUCAGUAGGACGUCCUAUACAAAAGGGAGGAUCAGGCCUUUUGUCAAGGCCUUGAACGUUUCAGUGACUUUUGAUAUACAUUUUGGUACCACUUUGAUGUGACACUGGAGCUGAGGGCUUCCUAGGAACAUUCUAGUUAUAGAAAGAAACAUCUUCCUCAUAAACUAGGAACCCGUGUCUCAUUGAUGGUCACUAUUCCAGCAUCAUCAUUUUGGUGCCAGAUUAGGAACUGCUUUUUUAUGGAAGCUUAAAAAUCACAUUCUCCUAUGGCCUCACACCAAUUUUCACAGAUGCUGAGGAGGGAUAAAAUAGGGCAAUUCUUUUUUCUUGAUGACAAAUGGAAAUGGGAGGCUAUUUUUAGCUAUGUAAAUUCCUGAAAUGUUUUACAAAUACCUUAGACACAGGUGCUUAAUAAAUAAAUAUUUGUUGAAUAAAUGAGAGCUCUCAAAAUGCUUCUCAACAAAAUCAGUGGUAGUUUAGUGGACAAGACCUCUGGGGUGGAACUCAGUCUGGCUCCAGCACUUAACUUGAUGCAGCUCACUCCUGAGCCUUAGACUCAUCUAUAAAUUAAGAAUCCCUAACCUCAUAGGGACCUGGUUAAGAUCAAGUGAGACUGACUAUAUAUGAAAGAACUAUGACUUCCAGAUUGGAAGUAACCUCAGUUAUACCUAACAGCACCCCAUCCUAGAAGCAUGAAUGAGAGCAGUGGUGGUGACAUACACUUCAGGUCGAAUACUAUUUUAACUCUUCCCCUAAAUCUUGGGUGAUAGAAAACUCUGGUUUUGCACUUGGCAUAAAACAAGCCAUAAGUCAAGUGGGUGGUCUUGAACUACUUAGACUCUAAGAAUGAUUGUCCAGUGAGAUGCAGCACACCAGAAGAGUGGUCAGUCAGUAUGCCAGGAUAAGCUGCUAAAAUUAGAUUAAAAGACAAUAAAGAAAAAUCUAAAGGGCACAGGGACUAAAUCAGGCAUGGUCUUGAAAUGAAUGUUUGCUGAGAAUUAGUCUAAAUUAGUGAGAAUUCUUGGCAUCCAAGUAAGGAAGAGGCUAAUCUGACUUAUCUGUUACUUUCAACCUGGAUAAAUUAAGCUAAUAAAGUAUCUGGCCUUAUGAAA